AAUUACUUAUGUAAAAAAUAAUCUAAGUUAAUUUUACAGUAGAACGAUUAUAACAUCUACCUUUUUUUUAACACAAGAAGAAAAUAAUACAUUUAUAAUUAUUAUAAAAAAUGAUUAAAAUAUAUCCCAUUUGUGUUUCUUCUGUUAGAAAUAGAUGUUUCUUGUUAGUUAAUUUGCAUUAACCUUCAAUAAAUAACAAUCAACGAUAUGAAUGGUUGAGCAAUUCAUGUACCGAUACAUGUCAUAAACAUUCGAAUUUAAAAUGCGAAAGUUUUACAUCUGCGACGUUUCAUUACAGAAUUCUGAAAUGAAUUUCAUAUAUGUAAUUCUGUUUUUAUUUAUCUUUCUGCAUGGAAUCAACUGUCGGAAUUUCUACCAGUUAUGUCCAACUCGUACAUUAGAUAGAUACUGUGCCUUGAAAGAUAAAAGGGGAUCUUUAGAAUGUGCUUAUACUUAUAUUCCUCCAAGACUUUUUGAAAUAGCGGAAAAUUGUUUCAAAGCGAUGGUCUACAAAGGAAAAAAUAUGACAAUAAACCAAAUCAUAGAAGAACUCUGUUACCUGGGUGUGCAUGAAUACAACGCAGUUGCUAACUGUGGUGAGGUAGCAAGUUUCCUAGAUGAUAACAGAAGUGGAAAAUUAAUUCAACUCUCUAAUAGUUGUUUGCUUCUUACAGAAAGAAAGGAAAAUAAGAUCUGUGCAAACCAUUAUUUCCUUACUUAUGGAGAUAUUUUAGGAUUAUAUGAAUGAUUGAAAAUCGAAGACUUUUAAAUGUCGAUAAUUAUAAAACGAUUUUUUUUUAUCUUACUUUAGGAGUUUGUCCCAUUAUGUAACAAGUAAAUCAUUCAGAACAUAUAAUAAAUCAAAUAAUUGAC